AUGAGUGAAUCCGACUUCACUACAAAGGAUGCCUACCUGAGCCACUUCAAUCCUCAAACUUACCUGGAAAAGUAUUAUACCUUUGGAUCCAGCCCCUCUGCAGAAAAUCGGAUUCUGAUGCAUGUCCUCAGAAGACUUUUUAUGACGUUUUCUUCUGGCAGGGUGAAAGGAGACCUCCUGAUUGACAUUGGCACUGGCCCCACCAUCUAUCAGCUCCUCUCUGCCUGUGAGUCCUUUAAAGAGAUUGUGGCCACUGACUAUACUGACCAGAACCUUGAAGAGCUCAACAGGUGGCUGAAGAAGGAACUAGGGGCAUUUGACUGGUCUCCUGCAGUAAAAUAUGUGUGUGAGCUGGAAGGAGACAGAGAGAAGUGGGCUGAGAAGGAGGAGAGGUUGAGACAGAAGGUCAAGCAUGUCCUGAAGUGUGAUGUGACCGAGAGCCAGCCUUUAGGCCCCAACUCUAUGCCCCAGGCAGAUUGCCUACUCACGGCAUUAUGCCUGGCUGCCGCCUGCAAAGACCUCCCCACCUAUCAUCAGGCCCUGAAGAACCUCAGCAGCCUACUGAAACCUGGGGGGUUCUUGGUGUUUAUUGAUGCACUCAAGAGCAACUACUACAUGAUUGGCGAUCAGAGGUUCUCCAGUCUCUCCCUCACCAAGGAGGCUGUGGUGGAUGCAGUGGUGAAGGCUGGUUAUACAAUUCAAGAGUUUGAAGUCAUUCCUCAAAGUUACUCCAGGACCAGAGCAGACAAUGAAGGGGUUUUCUACCUUGUGGGGCAGAAACUCAAUAAUUCUGUAGGAUUACAAAGUUAA